AUGUUUUGCCGAAAUCAAACAGCGAGAGCCACCGUUGCCCGCGGCUCUGCCCUUGAAAUGGAGAUACGGCGGGGGAAGUUCAGAAAGAGCGUUUUCCUGGACACAUCCCAGGACAGCGACAUUCAGAAGAAGAUUGAUCAUGAGAUCCGAAUGCGUGAUGGAGCCUGCAAGCUCCUGGCUGCCUGCUCCCAAAAAGACCAGGCUUUGGAAGCGGCAAAAAGUCUACAGACGUGCAGCACUCGUAUCAUGGCCUACAUGUCAGAACUGCAGAGGAUGAAGGAGGCUCAGGUCAUGCAGAAAGUCACACGCAGAUCAUCAGAUGCAGGGCCGAUGGACGACAGGCUACCAUGUAAAGGAAAAGUCGCCAUCUCAGAUCUUCGGAUCCCUCUCAUGUGGAAAGACACGGAGUACUUCAAGAACAAAGGAGAGCUUCAUCGAUGUGCGGUGUUCUGCCUGCUGCAGCUGGGAGAAGAAAUCUUUGAUACAGACAUGGUGAUAGUAGACCGGACACUCACCGAUAUUUGCUUUGACAACACUAUCGUAUUGUGA